AUGACUUACUAUCACCAAAAAGAAGAAGGCAGUCUCGUUCAUCAUUAUGGGAAGAAGAAGAAGAAGAGAAGGCUACUUCACAACCACCGGAAAAAGGAGAAAAGUCUAGUUCACAACCACCGGAAAAAGGAGAAAAGUCUAGUUCACAAUCACCGGAAGGAGAAGAAAAGUCUAGUUCACAAUCACCAGAAGGAGAAGAAAAGUCUAGUUCACAAUCACCGGAAGGAGAAGAAAAGUCUAGUUCACAACCACCGGAAGGAGAAGAAAAGUCUAGUUCACAAUCACCAGAAGGAGAAGAAAAGUCUAGUUCACAAUCACCAGAAGGAGAAGAAAAGUCUAGUUCACAAUCACCAGAAGGAGAAGAAAAGUCUAGUUCACAAUCACCAGAAGGAGAAGAAAAGUCUAGUUCACAACCACCAGAAGGAGGAAAGCAGGGUGAAACAGGUUCCUCAGAAAAAGAAGCUGUCCAAAUGAAAUCACAAUAGAGUGUUCUAAAUAAAAGAUCAUG